UGGUAAAUGUUAAAAGCGCAGUUAGUUGACUUUCAAUACCUGACGGGAGACUGAGGUGUUACGCAGUUUAAUGGAUUGAUAGACACGGUAUAGCUUAUUUACUUUAACAUAAAGAGCAUGAAUUUCUUCAGAUCUCGGAUUUCCAUUAGCAACUUUAUAGGUCAGAGGUGCAGACAGAUCACUGAAACAUGGAGCCAUAGAGGGAUGUGCAAUAAACCACAGGAGGCCAAAGCAGAGCCUCCUGCAGCUCCAGCACAAGCCCCUCGUGCCGCGUUCAGACUCCCCGGCUACAGACCCUCAAAUCUGGACAAGAAGAUGCUGGUCUGGUCUGGACGCUUUAAGACAGCAGACCAGAUACCGGAGCUUGUGUCGUUUGAGAUGAUUGAUGCUGCCAGAAACAAAGUCAGAGUGAAAGCCUGCUAUGUGAUGAUGGCGACCACAAUAGCGGCCUGUCUGUUGAUGGUGUUCCUGGGCAAACGGGCUGUAGGCAGGCAUGAGUCCCUGACAGGUCAAAACAUGGAGAAGAAAGCUAGAUGGAGGGAAGAACUACAAAGAGAGAAGGAAGCUGCUAUUGCCCUGUCUGAGAAGGCUCAGUGAUGGAAGACAACUACUCCCUGCACAACCCCCCGCCCCCCAAUAUUGGGCCAAUAGAGUCCCCCUUCUUACUGUAUAUCAUGACAUCAGAGCUCCCUCCUCCCAUCCUAGAGAGCAACCAAAAGACAUAGCAGUUAAUACUUUUGCAACUGGGAGAUUGUCCUUAACACACAACUAUGUAUUCAGCAAUUUUUGAAACCUAAUGUAAGGUUUUACCUUUUCAGUGAAUAUAUUGAGGUUAUAAACUGAACAAUUAUUGUGGCAUCAGUAUUUGGUUGUAUCAGGAGAAUGGAAACACACUGACUUUGUGAUGGAGCUUUUAGGAGUUUUAUAAUUAAUUCCUGCCAUUUACUAUGCAGCAAAAUAACAAUUUUCAGACAAAUUAAUUUAACAGAUACUCCAGUUAAAUUCCUUAUCUAGCAAAUGUUCAACACAUACCUCUCAAGCUCUCAAACAUAAAUGCCUUAUGUGUCCUGUUUUUUUUAUUUUUAUUUGCCUCAUAGGCAACUGUCUUGUGAAGAAAGCCCUGAAGAGUUUCAGAUGCUUGUUUUCUUAAGAGAACUUCAAGAAAGAGACAUGAUUCAUCUGCACAAUGGUCUAUUGUGUCCUGCUAUUCAUGUAAUUUGACAGGUUUGUUCAUGACUGAUGGGACAUCUGUUUGUAUAUAGUGAGCACCCCAAAAAAAAUCACUUUAAUAAAGUAUUGCUUCUUGAGAA